AAACCCGGUGAGAACUAGCCAACGUUUCAUCACGGUACCAGUCUGUUUACCGGCCCUCGGAAGUGUUUUAUUCGGCACAAGAUAUCGUUCGCCAACCACUCGCUAGAAUCUUUCUCCUCCACCACCUUCGUCUUGCGCAUAGUGAUUGCAUAAUGAAACAGGACAUGGAAAAGUGAACAAGAUAAGAAGUAAUAUCCUAGGUUCUCUAGUGUUUACGGUGCUUAGAAACAAUAGCAAAUCAAGGCGAACAUAAUAAAACCCGAUCGGUAAACGUUGCGAACAUUUUCGCCGUCCUUCAGUAUGGGAUUGUCUAAAUGGGUGAACACAAUCUUCCGGUCGAGCAAAGCGGCUGCGGCCGCUACCGAAGCAAUCAAAACGAAUAACACGAGCAGUUCCAGCGGUGUUGAGAAUAAAGCGAAAACACUUUCAAGCCAGCAGCAGAAUGGAUUCGCCUCGGAAGCUACGUUUGAGACACGGGCUUUCAAGCUGCAUAACCUUGAAGAAGGUCCAUCGACUAAGGUGACCCUCACGAAAGAGGAUGCCCUAAAAUACUACGGCCAGAUGUACAUGAUCCGGCGCAUGGAAACGGCCGCUGGCAAUCUGUACAAGGAAAAGGUGAUCAGAGGGUUCUGUCAUCUGUACUCUGGGCAAGAGGCGUGCGCCGUCGGAAUGCGUGCCGCUAUGCGUCCGGAGGAUUCUUGCAUCACCGCUUACCGCUGCCACGGAUGGACGUAUCUGAUGGGUGUUGCGCCGCAGGCCGUUCUAUCGGAACUGACUGGCCGAAGCAGUGGCUGUGCACGAGGCAAGGGUGGCAGUAUGCACAUGUACGGUAGAAACUUUUACGGUGGAAAUGGCAUCGUCGGAGCGCAGGUUCCGCUGGGCGUGGGAAUUGGAUUCGCUGCCAAGUACAACGGCACGAAGGGAGCAUGUAUUGCGCUGUACGGCGACGGUGCUGCCAACCAGGGUCAGCUGUUUGAGGUGUACAAUAUGGCCAAGCUGUGGAACACACCGUGCAUUUUCGUCUGCGAGAACAACGGCUACGGCAUGGGUACGAGCGUUGAGCGCGCGUCGGCCAACACCAACUACUACACGCGGGGAGACUUUGUGCCCGGAAUUUGGGUCGACGGUAUGGACGUGCUGGCCGUCCGUGAAGCUACCCGGUUUGCGUUGGAACAUACCUCGUCCGGCAAGGGUCCGAUCCUGAUGGAAACGGCCACCUACCGAUACUCUGGCCAUUCGAUGUCCGAUCCGGGCACUAGCUAUCGUUCGCGAGACGAAAUUGCAGAAGUAAGACAAACGAGAGAUCCGAUAACAUCGCUACGCGAGAAGAUUUUGACCACCGAGCUGGCCUCGGUGGAGGAGCUGAAGGAGAUUGAGGGAAAGAUACGGGCGGAGGUAGACUCGGCAACCAAGUUGGCCAAGUCGGACAAAGAAAUCUCCGUCGAGGAGCUCACCGCAGAUAUUUACGCGAACCCACAAAACCUGACGACCGUACGCAACACGCUGCCGCUUGCGGAACUCGCGCACAAGAGAUUGGGACCGGCCGUCAACAUGUAAAACGAAAUAGUGUCGUAGACGUUUUGGCGAACGAAUGUUCCGCACCAGCACGAAGAAACGAGAAGAUCAGUAGCUGCAAUCUCACUACGCAUUUCAGUUCGGAUGACAACCGUUCCCGUUUGUAUGUUUGUUUUGUAUCAGUGAUGUCCUGCUCCAUCAUCCCUCAGGGAAAUUCAUGCUUCAAUGUGGACACACGAGUAAAAAGGAGGCAAGAAUGUAUUUAUUGCGCGAAACGAGACAUUUAUUUUAUUCCUUCAUCAUAAACGGGUUGCAAAGCAUUUCAGACGAACCACAAAUACACCUGACGCUCACAGAGUAAACGAGGGAA